AUGGUCGAAAGCUGGCUCGAACCGCGUCGGGUGGCGGAUACCGACGAUACCGAUUCCCUCCUGUCCGCCGUGCCCAUCUGGAGCAUCAUUGCGGUCGUCGUACUGAUCCUGCGCGCUACCUACGGCACCGACGAUCGCCCUGCGCCAACGGCGCCGCCAGUACCGAUCGAUCUGCCCAGCCCGGUUAUGAGCGGCAAUCCGCCAGUCGUUCCGGAAUCCGAGAAACCGCAAUUCCUGUUCGCCGGUUUCAUCAGCGGACUGACCCAUGCCCCGGUGACGCUGAUCCGCGACAUCACCGAAUGGGAACUGAAGGUCAUGCGCUAUUACCAGCCCUUCGACCCGGCCCAGUGUGUCGAUACGACGAUAUGGCGCUACGACAGCAAGCUGUCGGCCAACUGGGACAGAAAACGGAUUGAACUGAAGGCCCGCGUACGGGAAAACGCCCGGAACGAGAUGCUUCCCCUGCCCUCGAACCGCUUCGACCUUCACGGCGAGAUCGUGGAGGAC